AUGUAAUCGAGUGCAAUCGAAAAUCCAGACCACCCCUAGCUCGCAACGAACCGAUAUCAUUGUGAAAAUUUCUCUCGCCUGAAUUUGUUCGUUCUCGUGUUAAAAGUGACAUUUUGUGAACAAGAUUUGUAAUUCGUCUUAAACGUUUGAAAAAGCUAAGAAAAUAUGGCCCGUACUAAGCAGACCGCCCGUAAGUCAACCGGAGGAAAGGCUCCUCGUAAGCAGCUGGCCACCAAGGCAGCCCGUAAAUCGGCGCCAUCCACCGGCGGAGUGAAGAAGCCCCAUCGUUAUCGUCCCGGAACCGUGGCUCUUCGUGAGAUCCGUCGUUACCAGAAGUCGACUGAGUUGCUCAUCCGCAAGCUGCCCUUCCAGCGGCUGGUUCGUGAAAUCGCCCAGGAUUUCAAGACCGAUUUGCGUUUCCAGUCAGCGGCUAUCGGUGCCCUGCAGGAAGCAUCUGAGGCGUACCUUGUGGGUCUCUUCGAAGACACCAACUUGUGCGCUAUCCACGCCAAGCGCGUGACCAUCAUGCCCAAGGACAUCCAGUUGGCGCGCCGCAUCCGAGGCGAGCGUGCUUAAGCUGGAUCACCUGCGCCGGAUUCGAUCACUGUCGUCCAUCCCAGAACAGCAGACCGUUUUGAUUCACCUUUUGUUGUGGGAGAGGUGCCCGCCAAGGAACUUCACCAGCGACACAUUGAUCCAAUCUAUCAUUCAUAUUUAUAUGUACACAUUUAUCAUACUUUUGUUGUUCAAUCGGAUCGUCCGAGUGGCGAUUUCGAUGCGAGAAAUACCACACACAAAACAACACACAACAUUACUGUAAUGCUUAAACAAUAUUUGUAACUCUUAUUAUUACUAUUAUAUAUUAGUUAUUAAGUUUUUUUUCUCGCCUGUGUGUCGUCGGUUGGAUCGUGUACGCUGCGCCAUACACCUUGCCCUCCGAAUCCGGGUCCACCUCUUCGAUUUGGAAGGGAAUUUCCCCGGGCGGCUGUCGUCGCCUGUCCGCCUGCAACAUCCGCCACCAACCACUCCAACAAUUGUCCAGCUGGCGGGCUUCGAUUUCCAGGUAAUCCGUGAUCUUUAAGGCGCCUGUCUCGCCUUCUUCCCUUCGAUCAAGGAGAGGCUCUCCAUCUGGCGGCCGGGAUGAGCGGAGCCUGGAGGUCGGGGCCAACCAAACGCCAGCUGGACGUGGCAAGGCGGACAGAUGGCGGCGGACUGCCUGGCGGGGAUUCCCGGAUCUCUGGAUGGGCGGCGAGGGCAUGGCCAUCUGGCGAUGCAACCGACGGUACGCAGCUUUUAUGAAGAUGAUAUCCAUAUAUAACACCGAAAACCGAAUCGAGUACACUUAACUUUACACUUACGUAUAUGCUUAUAUAUACAUAAAUACAUACAUAUAUAUAUAAAUAUAUAUAUAUAAAUCUUUAUGGAAGCAAAAGCACUAGA